CUUACAUGGACUGUUCCCAUCAGAGUGCCCCUUUACAUGCACUGUUCCCAUCAGAGUGCCCCCUUACAUGGACUGUUCCCAUCAGAGUGCCCCCUUUAAUACACUGUUCCCAUCAGAGUGCCCCCUUACAUGGACUGUUCCCCUCAGAGUGCCCCCUUACAUGGACUGUUCCCAUCAGAGUGCCCCCUUACAUGGACUGUUCCCAUCAGAGUGCCCCCUUACAUGGACUGUUCCCAUCAGAGUGCCCCUUUACAUGGACUGUUCCCAUCAGAGUGCCCCCUUACAUGGACUGUUCCCAUCAGAGUGCCCCCUUACAUGGACUGUUCCCAUCAGAGUGCCCCCUUACAUGGACUGUUCCCAUCAGAGUGCCCCCCCUUACAUGGACUGUUCCCAUCAGAGUGCCCCCUUACAUGGACUGUUCCCAUCAGAGAGUGCCC